CUCUUUUGUCAAAGAGGAAGAAAAAUUACAUUACAAGGUGCCACUGAUCGCAAACCGAUGUAAACAAUUUUCGUGUUAACUGGGAAUGAACAGAGAAUAUAUUUGCAAAAAUAAAUUAAAAGAGAAUGUCUGACGUUGCCAUUAAACUAGCCAAGUCAGCCAAGCGACUGAAGGACAUCGCAAUCAUUGUGCCCGGCGCUUUCCUGACCUUUGCGGGGUAUUCAAUUUAUGAAGGCAAUGAGAAGUUCUACAGGGAAUAUGUCAUGCCAUUCACCCAUAAGUUCUUUGAUGCAGAGACGGCACACAGACUGGGGGUACUAGCGGCCAAGUACAACAUUGUCCCCAGGAAACAAAAAACCCCAGACUCUCCUAUCUUGUCAUCCGUGGUGUUCGGCCGGGAGUUCAGUAAUCCUGUGGGUCUGGCCGCAGGAUUUGACAAGGACGGUGAAGGGGUCCGAGGACUAACAAAGAUAGGCUUUGGUUUUAUAGAGAUAGGGAGUGUGACCCCAGAACCUCAGCCUGGAAAUCCUAAACCAAGGGUGUUUAGACUCAAAGAGGAUAAAGCUGUCAUAAACAGAUAUGGAUUUAACAGUGAAGGACACGAAGCAGUAUACAAUAGGCUCAAAGACAGAGUCACAGAGCAAGAUAACUGUUUAUUAGGCAUCAAUCUUGGUAAAAACAAGAGUUCUACUGAUCCAAUCAGUGACUACACUCAGGGAGUUGAGAAGUUCAGCCGCUUAGCGGAUUAUCUCGUGGUCAAUAUCUCCAGCCCUAAUACACCAGGCCUCAGGGACCUACAGGGAAAACAGAAGCUACAGAAUCUCCUAGACAAGGUGAUAGAGAGAAGGGAUGAGAUGGAAGUCAGGAAACCUCUGCUGGUCAAGAUUGCCCCUGACCUGACAGAUAGAGAUAAGGAAGACAUCGCUGCCGUUGUCACCUCCAGAAAGGGCUAUGUGAAUGGUUUAAUCAUCAGUAAUACCACUGUUAGGAGACCCCCCAGUCUUAAGAAUCCCAGUAAGACGGAGGAGGGGGGACUUAGUGGACCCCCAGUGAGGGACAUGUCCACGAAAACCAUAGCAGACAUGUACCGACUCACAAACGGUUCUAUUCCUAUCAUUGGGGUGGGGGGAGUGAGUUCUGGUCAGGAGGCGUACAAGAAAAUCCGGUCUGGUGCUAGUCUUGUUCAACUCUACACAGCCCUAGUCUACGAAGGACCACCUGUAGUCAAAAAAAUCAAACGAGAACUGGAGGAACUACUCAGGCGGGACGGCUUUAAGAGUAUAUCAGAAGCGGUUGGAGCGGACGUGAAAUUAUGAUGACCUAUGAACUAUCUACUAUUUUCUCUUUUGUAUUAUUUUUUCCGUAGAUCUAUAUGUCCCAAUGGGACAAAAAUAAAUAUAUAAAGGUAAAA